GCCUGAAGCUCCUGCAAGGGUCCUCUGAUCAAUGCUUGCAGAUACGAGAAGAUAUGUCACUUGUAUCUCCGCCGAAUCUCGACUAGAUUGAUUUUCUCCGGAAUAUAAGGAGAUUCAAGUCCGAGAGUUCCAAGGAUGGACAGUGCCAUAAGCCACUCGCUUACGACAACCGAGAUCCCUUUGUCGAAUCAUGUCAGAAACCUAUUUCGGUGUUCCAAUGCACGAUGAAAAGCAAUUGGCAGCUGUUCAAGUAGGAGCCGUACUUGACAAUGAGGCAAAUGUGGUCGAAGAGCCCGCGCUCCAGUAUGACUGCAUUCAUGAUUUGAUAAGCCGACGCUGCCAACAACAACCGAAUCACUGUGCUAUUCGUGCUGGUACAACAAAAUGGACCUACGCUGUCGUUGAGGGCCUCUCAAACAAAUUCGCUAGACACUUGAUAGAGAGAGCGAAUGUCAUAUCAGGUCAAAUAGUACCAAUUUGUCUUCCGAAGUCAAGAUGGGCCGUCAUCGCAAUGCUAGGAGUACUCAAAGCCAACGCCACUUUCGUCUUGCUAGAACCAACGAGCCCAAUCCAGCGUCUGAGAGCGCUUUGUGGGCAAGUUGGGGCAACCGUGAUUGUGGGUUCGAAAGAGCUAUCAGACUUGGUGGAUUCACUCGAGCUGAAGAGCACAAUCUUCAUCGAUGAGCAAACCACAUGGCAAGGUCCCAACAACACUCCCAAUGUCCAAGAUAGACGAAGCUCACCAUCCGACAUUGCCUACAUCGUCUUUACAUCGGGGUCAACCGGAUGUCCUAAGGGCGUUGUCGUCGACCAUGCAGCGUUCACCACCGCCGCCCACGACUUCAUUCCACGUACCGGACUUGACCAGAACUCACGUGUUUUCCAAUUUGCUUCCUACGCGUUUGAUGUCAGUAUAGCUGAUCAUCUGGUCACUCUGAUUGCCGGAGGCUGCAUAUGUAUUCCGUCCGAAGAAGAUCGGCUCAGCCGACUGUCCGAGUCGAUGCGGGAGCUGGAAGUGAACUGGGCUAAUUUAACCCCGUCAGUCGCGCGCUUGCUGAGCCCCGAUCAGGUCCCAGCGCUUCAGACGUUGUGUCUCGCGGGAGAAGCUAUGAAGCAAGUGGACAUUGAUCGGUGGGCGCGGCAUGUGCGGCUGAUCAAUCAUUAUGGGCCCGCCGAAUGCGCGAUUGGCACCCACAUUCUGUCUCGACUGCUGUCGACAAGUGUGCUCCGAUCCUGGGAAACAUCCAGACACUUCAUAGGUCCGGCCAGCGACAAACCAUGGUCGGAAAACGAGAUCCUCCUUCGAGCUUUUUGGAGCGAAACACUGCAGCUGGAAACGCAUCUAAUCCAGCAGACUGACAGUUUCUUUGGCUUGGGAGGCAAUUCGCUUCUGGCCAUGAGACUCGUCGCGGCCGUCACGAAGCAUGAAUAUACAUUGACGGUGGCGGACGUCUUCCGACAUCCAACGCUGAGUGACCAGGCGACGGUCCUCCGAACAUGCCUUCCAACAAAUACCUCCGGUAUAUACUUGCCAUUUUCCUUGUUGAAGAACAGGUCGGAAGUCCUGCCAUUAGCCGCGCAACAGUGUUGCGUAUCGAUCGACGAGAUAGAAGACAUCUAUCCGUGUACCCCGUUACAAGAGGGCCUAAUGGCGCUAUCUGCGCAGACGCCUGGUUCUUACGUCUCCCAGCAUGUGUUUCGUCUAAAGCCACACACCGACAUGGUUCGUUUGCAUGCAGCUUGGCAUGACACGGUGCGAGACAAUGAUAUCCUGCGUACGAGGAUCAUCACUGCCGUUGAUGGGCGUCUUCUCCAGGCUGUGCUUCAACGGGAAAUCAAUAUUCAGGAGCUCCAUGAUCUGGACAUAUAUCUCGCCGAGGACAGUCAGAAUGUGAUGGCCGGCGGCGGACCACUGGCUCGAAUUGCGAUCAGUUCAUCCUACUGCGUCAUUACUCUUCAUCAUGUAUUAUAUGAUGGUGUUUCUUUACCACUCAUUCUGAAUCAUUUGCAAGACAACUACCGUGGAGGCGUUGCACAGCGUAUCAGCUUUGGACCUUUUGUUCAGCAUAUCCAGAAUCAAGACGCGAGUAAGAGUUUCUGGCAGACUACUCUAGCGGACUGCAGCGCUCCCAUUUUCCCUGCGCUUCCCACCGCGAGGUUCUUGCCCAAUGCUUCGACAGCGAUCAAACAUCGCGUUCAAAAUAUCCGGCAGCGAGGAAGUCAUACAAUGCCGACCAUUAUUAAGCUAGCUUGGGGUCUUCUGAUUGCACAUCAUACCCAAUCCAAGGACGUGGUAUAUGGUCUUACUGUCAACGGCCGUGGUGCUACUGUGCAGCACAUUGACCUCAUGACGGGCCCAACAAUUGCCACAGUACCACUACGAGUUCAGCUAGACUCCAAGAAGUCUGUGUUGCAGAGUUUAGACCGACUUCAGCAGCAGUCUGCUGAGAUGAUCCCUUUCGAGCAGGCCGGUCUGCAAGCCAUCCGCCUAUACAAUGAAGCCACGGCAGCAGCAUGUAGCUUUCAAUCUCACCUCGUUGUGCAGCCCGCGCCAGCUACAAUCAGGGAGGGUGUCCUUAUUCCAGAAGAUGGACGCUGCCUGGAUGCUGGGGGAAAUGCUAUAUUCGCAAGCUAUGCUCUUUUAGUGGUCUGUACGCUUCGUGACGCUGAGAGUGCUGUUGAUGUAGAGGUCAACUUCGACCCGCGUGUCCUUGAUCUCUACCAGACGCGCCGCCUGGUCUACCAAUUCUCGCACUUAAUCCAGCAGCUGCAUCGAGCAGCUCCGGAUAGCAUGCUUCACCAUCUUGAGUACACAAGUCUCCAGGAUCUUGAUGACCUUCGUAGCUGGAACCAAACAAUUCCAACGGCGCAUGAGCGAUGUUUGCAUGACCUGAUCCUUGAAAAGUGUGCUACACAGCCCACUGCACCUGCCAUCUCAGCCUGGGAUGGAGAUCUUACCUACGAGGAAAUAAAUCGACUCUCGAAUGAUUUUGCCCAUUUUCUGGGUAACAGCGGGGUUACUUUGAACACUAUGGUCCCGUUCUGCGUGGACCGGUCCAAGUGGGCAGUUGUUGCAAUUCUAGCAGUCCUUCGGGCUGGGGGUACUUGCGUGCUCAUGGAUCCUACCAAUCCGCCAUCAAGGCUCAUAAGUAUCAUAGAAGAGACGCGAGCUGAUACUAUCCUUUCCCAGGGAAAAGAGCUGCCUAUGGUCAGGCCAGAAGACCCUGCUUUCAUAGUAUUCACUUCUGGUAGCACGGGGAAGCCAAAGGGAAUCAUCGUCGAGCAUCGCAACUUGGCGACGUGCGCUAGGGAGCAAUACGGACCCAUGGGUUACCAGCCGGACUGUCGCGUGAUUCACUUCUCAUCUUACACGUUCGACUUAAGCAUUUACGAGACCAUCAUCACUCUGGUUUUUGGUGGCUGCGUCUGUAUCCCAUCGGAGGCCCAGCGCAACACCGAUUUAGCGGGCUGCAUGCGCGACUACCGAAUAAACUGGGCAUGCUUCACACCAUCCACACUGCGGUUGUUCAGUCCUGAGGACUGUCCAGAACUGCGGACACUUUGCGUCGGUGGUGAGUCUAUGACCCAGGCUCAUGUCGAUGUGUGGGCCAGUAAGACCACUUUGAUCAACGCGUACGGCCCGGCCGAAACGUGCUUUUGCGCCGCCGGGGUGGUCGAACAAACCCGCUGGAAGCCCGGCGAUGUUGGAAUGAUGUUUGGCGGGCUUGCUUGGAUCACCGAGAUUGAUAACCCACAUACACUGGCAGCCAUCGGGGCAGUGGGAGAGCUCAUAGUCGAGGGUCCGGCUGUUGCUCGGGGUUAUCUGAACAAUGCCCGUCUGACUCGCUCGAGCUUCAUUGACGCACCUGCUUGGCUUCGCCGAUGGCGACCGUCUGGAAAGGUGGGGCGACUCUACCGGACGGGCGACCUGGUACAAUAUGGAGAGAAUGGUAUCAUCCGCUUCAUUGGGCGACGCGAUACUCAGGUCAAGCUUCGCGGGCAGCGGAUUGAGCUUGAAGAAGUGGAAGCUCAGCUGCACCAAAACUUUCCUGACUCCAGAGAGUCCAUCGCGGAGAUGGUUCCAACUUCACCGACACAGGCUAUGCUGGUUGCCUUCGUCUUACUGCCAGACGCGAUUGACAACACUCAGGAAGGCUGUCUAGCUCCUGCUACGACAGCCUUUAGGGUAGCAGCCGCUCGCACUAUGGACCAAAUGCGUCGUCAACUGCCCACUUACAUGGUUCCAAGCCUUAUAUUACCAUUGAGAACAGUGCCAUUAACCGGCACGGGGAAAAUCAAUCGCCGCUGUCUGCGAGAAGUUGCGUCUCGCUUGACAAGCGAGCAGAGGCUCGAGUACUCUCCGCUAGUGACUCAACAGCUGUCCUCCGACAAGCAGAAACCCGAAACGGAAAAUGAGAGAAUCAUCCAUUCCCUUUGUGCAAAAAUUUUGAAUCUGGAACCGGAGUCUAUUAGUUUGAAUGACAGCUUCUCUUGCCUAGGAGGAGACUCGAUCAGUGCGAUGCAGCUCGCCGCGAAGGCGAAAGCGGCAGGGAUCAGAUUUACCGCACGAGAUGUGGUAGCUUCGAACACGAUCGCAGACCUGGUCUGUCACACUGAAAACCAGUUGUUGCUGCCCAGAUUCAACAUCCAGACAGCGGAUCUGGGCAAGGAAUUUGACCCGUCGCCCAUUCAGCAGCUUUUCUUUGACACCAUCAAGGAGGACCUCAAUCACUUCAAUCAAAGCUUUACCCUCCGAGUCAUCCGACCAGUGAGGUUUGACAAGUUGGAUGCCGCAUUCUGUACUCUGGUUUCCCAGCAUGCGAUGCUGCGGGCACGGUUCCGACAAGAGGUCAAUGGGAACUGGAAACAGGCUGUGACUGAUCAGGUCAGGCAAUCCUAUCGGCUGCGGGCACACAUUGUUGAAACGACCGCCGACGCCCAGGAAAUUAUCUGCGGCAGUCAACGUGGUAUCGAUAUCUUCUCGGGCCCCUUAAUCCAGGCGGACUUAGUGACGACCAGGGUUUCGAAUAAACAGUAUCUUUUCCUGGUUGCCCAUCAUUUAGUGAUGGACCUAGUCUCCUGGCGCAUCAUUCUGUCUGAUCUCCAGGAUUAUCUCAGUACUGGCAGUCUGACUUUCUGCUCGUCCUGUCCGUUUCCCACUUGGACGCGCCUGCAAUCGGAGUAUGGAGGCACUCAUCUUUUUCCCACCUCUGCAUUCCCGCUUCGCAUCCCGCCCGCCCCGGAGAAUUUCUGGGGCGUCACCGCGGAGCAGAACACCUGGGCCAAGAUUGAAACCCUCAGCUUUGAUUUAGAUGCGCAAACGACCAAGUCCCUUUACGCGCAGGAGGCUGCGCCGCUGCACAUGUAUCACACGGCACUCCUGACCUCCUUCAUCCGCAGUUUUCCUGAGCGCCCUUCUCCUACGAUCUACUGCGAGGGUCACGGUCGUGAGUCGUGGGAUGCCAUGGUGGAUAUCUCGCACACGGUGGGCUGGUUCACCACCCUCUGGCCGUGUCCGGUGUCCAUGGAGAAACAGGCGGAUAAUCUGCGGUCCGCAUUGGCCCAGGUUCAAGCCGUCCAUGCUGCGAUUCCCUAUCGAGGGUGGGCGUAUUUCACCUCUCGAUUCACUAACGAGGAGGGUCGACAAGCCUUCGGUACCCAGGAUAUUCCUGAAAUCAUUCUCAACUAUGCCGGUCUGUACCAGCAACUUGAACGCCCGGACGCGCUAUUCCAGUCGACCAAUGAGCUAGAUGGUUCCAAGUGGGAUAUCGUCGGGUCAGCCAGGCGGUUCGGCCUGAUCGAGGUGUCGAUCGAUGUCCGAGGGGAUUGCCUCCACGUGGAAAUGAGCAUUCACCGGGAUAUGCAGAGGAAGAAUGAAUUACGGAAGUGGAUGCAGCGGUGUCAGGAAGACCUGAGAGUGAUGGCUCACUGGGCUCAUUGAUUGGAACCAAAUCUAGACAGCACAACAGCAACAAAGGACAGCAAUGAAGAUUAG